CCGGAACCAGGAAUCGACUCCACACUUGCUGCCGGGACUCAUCCUGGUAAAGCAAUAAUCCAGUUAGACAACAGGUCGAAGUUUAUUAUCUGCAGAUCAAUACCACCCACCCACCCACCAGAGAAGGGGGCCUUCCAGCUAAAAAAGGGGGAGGGAGGGUAACUCAGACUUUUUUUUUUGGCCUGUCAGUUCCUUCCGGCAAGGCAGAGUACAUGGCAGAGUUUGGUUGGUGUGGCUGGUCCGGCUCCAGUGGAUGAGCGGAGGUUGCCUUUGUCUGCAGGUGAACACCAAUUUCAGCAUCGAAGUUUUGGUUAAAGGCGUCAGAGCCUCUCUUGAAAGUCAGAAUGAUUCCCUGAUCACCUUGGACUCCCGAGACCCACAGCAGAUUGAAGUGGCUUGAAACCUGGAAACCCACUUCAACCUUUGAACUCCAGAAACUAUAGUGCCAAAGUGAUCUGCGGGGUAUCCCUGAGGAGUUGAGCUCCACACUGGAUCCAUAACAGUCCUAGACUGUCUGAAGACCUUAAGGGCUGGCUGUGAGGGGUGUGAGACAGCGAUGGGGAAGACAGGCCAGAGUACAGUGGACCUGAACUCUCCCUCAGAGGUGAAGCAGGCAGUCCCUUUCGAAGAUCUGGACCAUUACACAUCACAAACUGAUGAAGAUGACAAGGAUAAAGACGUUCCAGACAGGGGUUCCUGGAAGGGCAAAUUUGACUUCCUACUCUCCUGCAUUGGAUAUGCCAUCGGGCUGGGCAAUGUCUGGCGAUUCCCCUAUCUCUGUGGGAAAAAUGGAGGCGGGGCAUUCCUUAUCCCCUAUUUCACCACACUGGUGUUCGCGGGGAUUCCUCUGUUCCUGCUGGAGACUGCGCUGGGCCAAUACACCUCUACUGGGGGGAUAGGAGUUUGGAAGCUGUUUCCAAUGAUGAAAGGUGUAGGUCUGGCCUCUGUGGUGCUGUCAUUCUGGUUGAACAUUUACUACAUCGUAAUCAUUGCCUGGGCACUCUACUACCUGUUCAACUCCUUCAGAGCCGAGCUCCCGUGGCAGAGCUGUGAGCACCCAUGGAACACAGACAAGUGUUUCUCAAACUACAGCCUGACUGAUACCACCAACCUGACCAGUGCUGUCACUGAAUUCUGGGAGAGGAACAUGCACCAGAUGACCAGCGGCCUGGAGGAGCCAGGGGAGGUGCGCUGGCCCCUGGCUGGGACCCUGGGGCUGGCCUGGAUUCUGGUCUACUUCUCCAUAUGGAAGGGCGUGGAGUGGACUGGAAAGGUGGUCUACUUCUCCGCUACCUAUCCAUACUUUAUGCUGAUUAUCCUCUUCUUUCGGGGAGUGACCCUCCCCGGGGCAAAGGAGGGCGUGCUUUUCUACAUCACCCCUGACUUCAACAAGCUCAUGAAAUCUGAGGUCUGGCUGGAUGCUGCCACUCAGAUCUUCUUUUCUUACGGCUUGGGCCUCGGUUCCCUUAUUGCUUUAGGAAGCUACAAUUCCUUCACCAACAACGUAUAUAGGGAUGCUAUUAUCGUGUGCUGUAUAAACUCCUGUACGAGCAUGUUUGCUGGCAUUGUGAUAUUCUCCAUCGUGGGCUUCAUGUCUCACAUCACAAAAAAGCCAAUCCAGGAACUGGCCGCCUCAGGCCCCGGAUUGGCAUUUAUGGCCUACCCUCAGGCAGUGACCCAGCUGCCCAUGUCAUCCCUGUGGGCCAUCCUGUUCUUCUCCAUGCUGAUGAUGCUGGGUCUCGACAGCCAGUUCUGUACAGUUGAAGGAUUUGUUACCGCACUGAUGGACGAGUAUCCCACGGUCCUGAGGAAGAGGAAGAAGGUCUUCAUUCUCGUCGUCUGCGUGGUAUCCUACAUCAUUGGCUUCUCCAACAUCACGCAGGGAGGCCUGUAUGUGUUCAAGCUGUUCGACUACUACUCUGCCAGUGGAAUGGCCAUUCUAUAUCUGGUGUUUUUCGAAACAAUCUCCAUAUCUUGGUUCUAUGGGGCUGAGCGUUUCUACCAAAACAUAGAAGAGAUGAUUGGCUAUCGGCCCUGUGCGUGGUGGAAAUGGUGUUGGAUGUUUUUCACUCCAAUGAUCUGUCUGGGAGUAUUCACCUUUAGUGCGAUAGAGAUGACCCCUUUGACCCUGGGGAAGUAUGUCUAUCCACCUUGGGGGCAGGGGAUUGGCUGGGUCAUGGCACUGUCAUCUAUGCUGCUGAUCCCAGGGUAUAUCGUCUACAUGUUUUUCACUACUAAGGGUGACUUACGACAGCGUUGGCACAAGAUGACCACGAGGAAAGAUGAAACGACGGCAGCACCCAGAAGGCAUUCAUCCCAAAGGGGAAGUAUGGGUGAGGCAUCUGUGUGAUACCUCUUUUCUCCACAACCCCCACAGGAACACAGGGACACAUAGAGGACGUGAACACGAAGGCACAAUACGAGUGUCAGGUACCAUGUGGCCUUUCAAAGCAUCAGUCUUCCAUAACUGUACGAGCAAAGAGAAUUGACCAUCAACUAAAUUAAUCCAUUUUCUGUAAUCAGGCUUAUUUCUGUUACUGUUAUGUUUCAGAUGUUUAAUGCAGGUACACUUGAGCUGGGUUCUCUGUCCACCACAUUCUCAAUAACACUACAGCCUGGUUUUGUUAAAGUAUAAACUUUAAAGUGAACCUUUUUGUGAACUGUGGAUAUUAUUGCCAGUUCAGAGUUUGAAGAUGUCAACUGAAGAUGGCAGUGUAUACUUUGGUAAUUAUUUAGUAAUCAUACAUUCCAUAUUAUUGCCACAGCUACAGCAAUAACUAUGGGAAAAGACAUGUGUAAACAUAUAGCAUGGACCUGGGCAUAACUUAUGCAAACAUAUAGCUUGUAACAUACACAUUUGAUAACUGUAACUGUAAUUUGAUCAUUUGUAACUGGUCCUAUUAUCAGGGUUUCUUUAUUUCCUGAUUGUACAUAUUUUUCUGAGAAUCCUCAUAAGACCGUGUGUUGUUUUGUAUUGUGUAAAUGUGAGUGCUUUCAGAAAAAAAAGUGAAGAAAUAUGACAGUUCACUCGCAUGAAAUACUCAGCAGGAACACUUUAAGAGGUUCUUUUGUUUUGUAUUACUGUAUUUGAGUUGUAUAUCAGCACUUUCAUCCCCUUUAUAUAGAUUUAUGUCAUGAUUUAUUUCAGAACAAUAAAGAUUUAUACCCUUAAAUCUCA